CAGACUUGACGACGCGCCACCAGUGCGCAUUGAAUUUCCAAAACUCGGCGGAGUCGGUUGACGCUUCUGCUUCUGCUGCUGCUGCUCUUGAUACCCUAGUAUUUGAACGCGAAUAAGUGCACAUCGCUCGUGUCGAACCACAGUCACACACACACACACACUCACACACACACACACACACUCACACCCAACACACACAGCAGAGGCAUAGAAAGAGAGAAACACCAACACACCGCAGAGCAGAGCCAAAGCCGCAGUUCUCGUUCUCCCCCUUCACCCACCCCCCACGAGAAAAGAAUACGAAAAAGCGGAAAACUAAAUAAUAACGGGUCGCGUCGGUGGAAAAAUGCAUUACUAACUGCUGUGCGAAAAACAGCUGCAGCGAGUGGAGCCGAUUGUGAAGUGAAGUGGAGUGAAGUGAUUAACGGGAUACGUUACUCGUAGAUAGCCGAGAACGAAAAGUGAACUGAAAAUCUGAGGCCAGGCCAGGCCAGGCCACAUUUCCUCAUAUAUGUUUUCCAAUGCAACGGUUUUCUUCUGUAUCUGUUUUCCGCUAAAGCCCAUCUAACGACUGUAACUGACAAGAGCCUCAGCGAAACAGAGAGUUUCAAGCCGAGUCUAAGUGAAAAGUUUGGCUCCAUCGACAGCACCAGCCACAAUCAGCAAAAUGAUCGUACGUCGCCGGUCCCGUCGCGCCCGAAUGUGGAACAUGGGUCUGCUCUUCCUGAUCUACUACUGCGUCAGCAUCUACUCGGCCAAAGGCGACUCCAGGGAGGGAUCGGCGCUUCCACUGGACGAAGAGGGCAAUGGAGAAGCUAACGGAGAAGUAAAUACCGAGCUCGACCUGGACCUGGAGACCACCACGCCAUUCUAUGCGCCACCACAGGACGCCACCGAGGCCACUCCCCCCCACCUGCAUGGAGCCGUCCCGACUUGGCGUCCCAGGCGCGACAAUUGCACCCCGCCGGCCAUCGAGCAGUUCCCCCAGCCCCUGAUGAACAAGUGGGCGCGCCAGCACGGCGGCCUCAUUCUGCACAUCCUGGUGGCGGUCUACACCUUCUUUGGCCUGGCCAUCGUGUGCGACGAGUACUUCGUGGCCAGCCUGGACCGUUUGUGCGAAGAGCUUAAGCUAUCCCCGGAUGUGGCUGGGGCCACGUUCAUGGCUGCCGGCAGCUCGGCCCCCGAGCUGGCCACAGUGGUCAUUGGGGUGUUCUUCGCCAAGGACGACAUUGGCAUCAGCGGAGUCAUCGGCUCGGCGGUGUUCAACAUUAUGUUCGUGAUAUCCGUCUGUGCACUGUGCUCGGGAACCGUUUGCCAGCUGAACUGGUGGCCACUGGUGCGGGACUGCUUCUUCUACUGCGUCUCCAUCCUGGUCAUGCUGAUCAUCAUCUUCAACGACGUCAUCUCCUGUUUCGAGUCCGUUGUGAUGCUGCUCUGCUACGUGGGAUACUGCGUGGCCCUCCACUUCAACACGGAGCUGGAGCGCUGGGCGCUCGGCCUCAACUUGCCUUUUAAGCUGCCCAGCAAGGAGGAGCAGUCGGCGCUGGUGACCUACAAGAAUGUACCCGAGAGCUCCUACACCCAGGGCAGCGCAGGACAGGGGCAGCAGCAACAGACGAGCCUGUCCAAGGAGUCCAGCGAUGGCGUGGACGCCACCAGCACCCAACCCCAGAGCGACUAUCAGAACUACAGCGGCGACACCAAUGCCAGCUGGGACCCGAACUCCGCCUGGGGCGAGGAGAACCAACCGAAGCCAGCGGCUGCCAGUGCCAGACCUACCCAGCCGCCGGUCGACGACUGGGGCAUGGGACAAUUCAGCCAAGGCCAGGGACAGGGCCUAGGCCAGGAGAACAUGGCCUACAACUCUGAUCAGCCCGAGUCUGUUGUGACGGGGGAGGCAGCGGCUGCGUCGGCGUCCGCGGGUACGGGUGCAGGUGCUGGCGCGGCCAAGGGGCAAGUGGUGGCCGCGACUGCCGGCACUGACUACUACAAGUCGACGGACAAGCAGCGCGAGCCACGCCCCGAUCCGUUAAUGCGACCCACGGAGGGCGGUCUGCCAACACUGGUGGCCUGGUAUGUGGUGUAUCCGAUCCACUUCCUGUGCAAGAAGACGAUGCCCGACUGCCGGCAGCAGCAGUACCGCAACUGGUACCCGUUCACCUUCCUGCUCUCCAUGGUUUGGAUCUCGUUCUACUCGUACUUUAUGGUGUGGAUGAUCACCGUGAUCGGGUCCACGCUGGCCAUUCCCGACACGGUGAUGGGAUUGACGUUCGUGGCUGCUGGCGUUUCUGUUCCGGAUGCUCUAAGCUCAAUAGCUGUUAUCAAAGAGGGCUACGGCGACAUGGCCGUGUCGAAUGCGAUUGGCUCGAAUGUCUUUGAUAUCCUAGUGUGCUUAGGUCUUCCAUGGUUCAUACAAACGGCCAUCAUAAAGCCCGGCUCGCACGUGAAUGUCAUCUCCAAGGGUCUCGCCUACUCCACGCUCUCGCUCUUCUCUACCGUCGUCUUCCUGAUCCUCUCGACGCACCUGAAUGGCUGGAAGCUGGACAAGCGCCUGGGCAUAAUUCUGAUGCUCUGGUACCUGUUCUUCAUCACGCUGGCGUCGCUCUAUGAAUUGAAUGUCUUCGGCUACAUGAACCCACCCGAGUGUCCCAGCACUUUCUAAGCAAACCAAGAGGCUACCAGCACCAAGUACCAUAUACUCGCGUAUAGUUCAUAUAUAGAAGGAAGCAUGCAUCACCCACACCACAUUCGUAUUCAUAUUCAUAUACAGAGGAGAGGAGAGUCAUACAUAGCCGCAGCCGCACCAUCCACAGCCGCCAUAACCACAGGAGGAGGAGGAGGAGGAGGAGUGGAGUUCGUCAUUGUAAGAGGAACCGACUCGUACAUUUAAUGUUAAUUAGUGGACAAAUUGAAUACUCAAAUCGCGUUUUACAUGGAUUUUUACAUUGCACCAACCGAAGAGAGGAACGAUAAACCAAAAAGAUGAUUAUAUAUAUAUUAUAUAUUAUUAUAUAUUUAUUACUAAUAUAUAUAUAUACAUAUAUACAAUAUUUAAUGAUAUUUAGGCAAAUAACAAACCAUAUACAUACAUGUACGCGAGUACAACCACAAUUAAGGUACACAUACCGGAUAAAUAGCACUGUAGAUAGGGAGACAAAUGCAAUUAAAACAAGCAACAGAGGAAGCAGAGGAAGCAGAGGAAACAGAGGAGUCAGAGGAGACAGAGGAAACAAAGGAAACAGAGGAAACAGAUUUGUUGCAAACGGUUUUAAGGAACAAGUCGAACAGAACAACGCAAACUUCACACACCACAAUCAAACUAAUUAUACAUACAUACAUACAUAUGUAUCUUCGAUCAUUAUGUAUGUUUAAUGUAUACAUAUACAUAUUUAUAUCGUAUAAGUAUUUAUCUGCAUGUACAUACGAGUAUAUACUUUUGUAUCGCAUCGCUUUGUUGAACAGUUGAUCACGAUUAGUUUUGAUAGUUUACAUAGUUUAUGUAGUGCAUCUCGUCGUUGAGGAUCUCUCUCCAAUAUCAUUUCUUGUGCAAUCGAUGUACGCGAGAAGGCCGGACCCGUAGAGACCUUUGGCCUCCGGGCUGGUCGAUCCAGACCAGGAGCGCAGGUCCCUGCGCCACGGAACAAGAGCAACGAAUUUUCUUACGUUUUCGGAUAUUUUAUUUUUGUUCUCAUAUACAAGACGGAAAAAAAAAACCAACACAAUUGUAUGUAUGUAUAUUUUUUAUAUUUAAAUAAUACAUAUUUAAAUAAUAUAUAGCCCCUUCGUUUCAAGAACCCACGCGACAGUUUUGAUUAUGAAAGAGAGUUCAAAUAGCAAAGAACGGAUGGUCAAGCGAAAGAAAAAAAAAAAACAAAAAUUAAAAAAAAAGAUUACCUUAUGGCAAUUAAUCGCGUCAAUUUUCGAAUGUAAAUAUGAGCGGGAGCAUAAGUAAAUAAAUACAUUAUACCUACCUACAUAUACUGAAACACGAACAGUGAACAAUGAAAAUUUAAAGUCAAUUUUUGGUGCAAAUUGUUGUGCAUAAAUCGAAACAAUAUUUACUACGUAUG